CAAUCAGUAGUUACUCUCACUCCUGCCUUUUCUCUCUCAGUACAAACCCCAUCGCUGACAGAACACCCCGCUGACGUCACCGCUCAAGUCAACGCCGAGCGAGUUGUCCGCUGCUUCUCUUCUUGGCCAAGUGACUUUGCGGGGAAAUCAGUCGGACUUCGGCUCGCAAACAACUUCCUCACCACCGUAGACUCUCUUCUUCUUCUCUUCUUCUCUUCUUCUUCCUCUGUUCUUCAGUAACCACAAUGUCAAUGACCAUCUACAAAUCACCCAAACCAGACAUCCCCCUCUUCAAUGGCUCCAUCCCCGAAUUCAUCCUCUCCUCCCCGCACCUCCGCGCCAGACCCAACUCCAUCGUCCUCACCGACGCCGUAAACGACCGCUCCCUCACCGCCGCCGAAAACAUCACCCUCGUCCGCUCGCUCGCCGCUCUCCUCAGAUCAAAGUACGCCGUCAACCCCGGCACCGUCGUCGCCGUCUACUCUCCCAACCACAUCUACCUCAUCGCGAUCCACUACGCCAUCCUCUGGUGCGGCGGCGUCGUCUCUCCCGUCAACUCCGCCUAUCCGGCCCGUGAUCUGCGCGAACAGCUCUCCACCGCCGACGCGCGCCUGCUCAUCGCCUUCACCGGCGUCCCCUCAAUGGGCGACGCCGCAACAGAGGCCGUCUCGACCCUGUCCUCGUGCUCGCUCGUCCCCUUCACCGCCCUCUGCGACGACGCGCUCGCAAACCUCAGAGCCGGCGACGGCCCGGCCGGAGACCCCGUCAAACUCACAAAACCCGCUGCCGAGACCCUCGCUUACCUCUGCUUCUCCUCCGGCACGACCGGCAAGUUCAAAGGCGUCAUGACGUCGCAUCACAACCUCACCAGCAACGUCCUGCAGACAAUCAACUUUGACAACCGCAUCUUCUCCCCGGAGGGCGUGUACGCGGGUUUUCUGCCCAUGUCGCACAUCUACGCGCUCACGCUCCACCUCUACGCUGCAGUCUACCUCACCGGCCGGCUCAUCGUCUUUCCCAAGUUCGAGCUCGAGCCGUUCUUGCAGUGCAUCGUGCGCUACAAGAUGAGCCACCUGCACCUCGUCCCGCCCAUCUUGAUCCUGCUCGCGAAAUCCCCGCUCAUCGACAAGUAUCCCCAGAUCCGCGAGCACAUCUUCUACCUUGGCUCCGGCGCCGCGCCGCUCAGUCGCUCGCUUGGCGAAGCAGUCAAGCAGCGCCUGCAGCCGGCUAACGUGCGCAUCGGCCAGGGAUACGGCAUGACCGAGUGCACCCCCGUCACGCACUACUCGCCGCUCGACCAGCCGGACGAGAAACUGGGCACGAUCGGCAACCUCGUCGCCAACGUCGAAGCGCGGCUCGUCGACCCCGAGACGGGAAAAGACGUCCCGCGCGGCCACGAAGGCGAGCUGGUGGUGCGCGGGCCAAAUAUCAUGAUGGGCUAUCUCAACAACGAAGAAGCCACGCGCGCCACGCUGCUCGACGGCGGCUGGCUGCGCACAGGCGACAUCGCGUCCGUCGGCGACGACGGGUUCUGGACAAUCAUCGACCGCUCCAAAGAGCUGAUUAAAUACAAGGGCUUCCAAGUCGCGCCCGCAGAGCUCGAAGCGCUACUUCUCACGCACCCGAAAGUCGUCGACGCAGCCGUGGUCGGCACGUACUCCGAGUCCGAAGCGACCGAGCUUGCGCGCGCGUACGUCGUGCUCGCCCCGGGCGUGACGCCGCUGGAGAUCAAGCAGUGGGUGGACGGCAAGGUCGCGAAGCAUAAACGACUUUACGGAGGGAUUGUGGUUGUGAAUGAGGUUCCGAAGAGUCCGUCGGGCAAGAUCUUGAGACGGAUUUUGAAGGAGCGGAAGGGAGAUGUGGUUGUGGGGAUGAGGGAUGCGGCGACGGCCAGGCUUUGAUUGCGUGUAGUAGAUAGAUGACUACAGGUUUGUGCUAUGCUGCACUCUUGUGACGGCAGAGAGCAGGUAGAAUGCAGCAGAGUUGACAGAGGGAUGAGGUGCUGCCCAGAGAGGUUUUUGAUUAGUUUGCAAUGCCAUUGGUCUUUUGUAUUCAAAGAACCACGAUAUUGAAUUGAUAUAUAUGCACUAUUUAUUUCUGAACAAUACAGAUACAGAAC